AAUUUAAUGCAAGAUUUUAGAAAAGCAAAGCGCACUGCUUGCUGGUAGUCGUCGAUUGUACGAAAAAUCGCGUGCGCGUAUUCGCCCAGCGCGCGGUGCGCACACACGUAAGCGGCAAUUCGGCGUCGCGUUUUGUAGUGUGUUGUUUCUCCGGCGGCGUACCUCACAACACACCCGGUGAAUUCUACUGUGAAUGGAUCGUGUCCCAUCGAAACGCGUGAAAAAGUUUUGCCGAGACCCGUCUGCGGAUCGUGUGAAAAGGUUCAUGUGUUAAGUGUGUGGUUCGAUUAUUUUUUUUUACUCUGCUUCUACCCUCCGGCACGAGAAUUAACAUAGGCACCGCGUGUCGCAAGUAUGAGUGGUGUCAGCGCGUACUACGAUUGUUAAAUGUCAACCACACACUUUGACGACGGGGCGUGUUGACGUCAAAACAAAAAUACGCGAAACGGAGAGCAGCAACACAGCGUGGCGUGUUUGCAAUGGAAAUAUAGGUGCGCUAGGAGGAAUAGGUCGCUUCAAAGUGCUUCAAGAAAGUGAAAACAAACGUAGGUAAAGUGGUGUUUUAGGAAAAAAAAAGACAUUGAUACAAAACCAUAUACACGGUUCGCAAGGUGUGCUAAAGUGAGUUUUGUUACUGCGUAUCUAUCUAGUGUGCGUUGCCAAGCAGAGCUAGAGUUGAUAAGAGGAAACCCCAUUUGCAACAUUUCGUUGCAACGCAACCCCCCAGCGGAUAUCGCGGGAUUCUCGUGGCCGUGUGGCAGAUAAGAAGAGUGAAAGAGAAGCGGAAAGAAAACAACUCGCGCCAAAAUGUGUGCCGCGCAGACAAAUGCUCCGACCAGCUUUAAUUACGCGUGGGGCUUUCAGGAGAACCAGCGGUCCGACUCGGUGGUGGAGAUCAGCCCAAACAUUAACUACACUGUCGGCGAUGGAACAGGCGCGAUGCCAUACUUGCAGCUUCCGGACGGGGCUAGCAUUUUGCUGAAGGAUGGAAAGGGUGCGAUCUCGCACGCCGGCAGCAAAGGCGUCCGUCGCAUGAUCCUCGUCAACGAUGCAUCCGCGGCGCUGCCCCAAGGAACGCAACGGAUAAUUACUACCGGUGGUACUGCGACAGCCGUCACUACCGGCCAUGCGAAGAAACACGAAGUUAUAACUCAACCGAAUACUACUACCACUCUAGCAAAUGGCCAGAUUGACACGAAGACGAAGGCGAUCCUCACGACGAGCGGGGCCAGUGCGUUCAUGUCACCGAUCGGACCGAUACAGCUGACGGCAGAGGAGUGCAACGAUAUACUGAUGAAGCGGGCGGCCGCUGCAGUUGCUGCCAACAAUCAGCAUGCCAUCACCAACAACAACGAUGGCCAGCAUACCUCGAUUUCAGUUCAGGUGCAGAAAGUGAUUCAAGGGCUGGAGGAGGGCGACGAUUCACAGGCCACCACCUCCAACCACCAGAUGAAGAUUGAACCGACGCUAAGCAUUUCGCCAAAGCUGGAAGCGGUAGAAAUGGAUUAUAACGAGUACGUCCAGCAGGAAGCAACCACCCCGACACCGAACGUGGUCCCGAAGGAGCGUCCGUACUCGUGCGAACAGUGCGGAAAAUCGUUCCUGCUGAAGCAUCAUCUGACCACCCAUGCCAGGGUGCACACCGUAGGUGAACGGCCGCACGUAUGCGUCCACUGUGGCAAAGACUUUGCCCACAAGCACUGUCUGAACACGCAUCUGCUGCUGCACUCGACCGAGCGCCCGUACCAGUGUCAGGAGUGCAAGAAGAGCUUCACCCUGAAGCACCAUCUGCUCACACACUCGCGGGUACACUCGCGCGAACGGCCGUUCGUGUGCGAUCAGUGCGGUCGAUCGUUCCCGCUGAAGCGCCAUCUGGUGACGCACAGCAAGUUCCACGCGGGCGAGCGCCCGUACGUGUGUGCAGACUGUGGGGAAAGCUUUGCCCAGGACGAACAUCUGGUAAUGCACUCCCGGUUCCAUGGUUCGGUGAAUCCGUUCCACUGCCGCGAUUGUGGUGCUACGUUCCCGCGCAAGUUCCAGCUGGUGAACCACGGCAAGAUACACGGCCGUGUACCGCACUCGUGCACGCUCUGUGGCAAAGAGUUCCUGCAGAAGCGCACCCUAGCGGCACACAUGAGAAUCCAUACCGGCGAUCAGCCAUUCCCUUGCAUUGCUUGCGGCGAAGGGUUCCGCACGAAGUCGGAGCUGAACGCGCACAACCGUCACACGCACAGUGGUGUCAACCCGAACGCGUCCAACACCACCAUCAUCACGACCAACUCGGUUGUGACGUCGAACGCUCAGCAGCAACAGGCACAGGCACAGGCACAGCAGCAGCAACAGCAGCACCAGCAGCAGCACAUCGAGGUGAAACAGAUCCAGCACUAUCAGGGUCAACAGCAGCAGGUGCAGGAUGUGUCGAACGGGAACAUCAUCACGACGAUUGCUGCUACCGGUCAAGGGUCGCCCGAAACAUCGGCAAAGCCACAGUACGCUUGCCGCGAGUGUGGCAGCGCGUUCAACAGUCGGGAAGCGUUGGCACUGCAUUUGCGUCUGCAUACCGGCGACAAGAGUCUCAUGACCGAUCUGUGCGCACUGACCGCGGCAAUACCGGGCCACUUGUUCCCGGCCGUCAAUCAAGUACAAAUAAUUACCUCCUCGGGUCAGGUGGUGCAGCAGCUGCAACCUCAAAGCCCUCCCCAGCAGCACCAGCAGCAACUGCAACAACAGGCACAGGUGGUGCAACAACAUCAGACCCAAACCGUGGUACAGCAGCAACAAACCCAGCAGCAACAGCUUCAGCACCAGCAGCAGCAGCAACAACAGCAGCAGCAGCAACAGCAACAACAACAGCAACACCAGCAACAGCAGCAACAAACCGUUGUCGUGGCACAGAACAAACCCAAAUCCCACUACUGCACCCACUGCGGCAAGGGAUUCGCGGCCAAGCACGGGCUAAUGUUGCACAACCGUCGUCACCCGAACGGGGGCUGUACCGUACGGACGCACGUGUGCGAGUGCGGUAAGGCCUUCUUCCAGAAGAACCACCUGAUGCUGCACCAGCGUCAGCAUCUGGAGCAGAAUCAACGCACCGGCGGUGGGGUCGCGGGUGGUGCGGGUGCCGCCGGUCAGGCUGGUCAGCAGCAGCAGCAGCAAGCGUCCGCCGGUCAGCAGCAGCUGGUUGUGAUUCAAGCCACCAACCAGGAAUCGAUGGUGCAGCAACAGCAGCAGCAGCAACAGGCAGCCGUUGCCGCUCAGCAACAGCAAGCGGCGGCUGCAGCCGCUGCCCAGCAACAGCAUCAGCUGCAACAACAGCAGGCCCAGCAGCAAGCGGUAGCGGUACAGCAGCAGCAGGCUCAGCAGCAGGCACAACAGCAAGCACAGCAGCAGCAGAACCAGAACAAUCAGCAUGCGAUGCGCAAUCUGGUGAUUGCGAACCAGCCCGUGCAGGUGCAGGUCCUGGAAGGUAACACGACCCAGGUAAUCAAGUACGAGAUCAUUCACGACACGUCACGCCAGUCGAACGUUGAGUGAGAAGAGGCGAUGCUCCGUAUAACCAAACCGGACGGUACGGAGGAAAUGAAGAAGGUAUUCAUACUGAAGAACGAGAUGGGAUGAAAUUUGCUUCACAGUGGUGGCCCUGCUACUAGUGCCGCUGCUGUCGCCGCCGCGACCACCACCACCACCAAUGCCGGCGUGGUCGUCACGCCCCAUCAUUCCUCCUCUUCCACCAUUGGUGCGUCCGCGAGUGCCACGAGCGAGUUGGGGAAAGGAGCACCGGCUCCCAACCACCACCACCACCACCAUCACCAUGCGUUGGUGGAGGGUGGUGGUACGGUGGAAGGUGUUGGAGGUGGAAGGGGAAGGGAUGGGAAUCACUAUAAUAUGGUGGCGCAGCAACAGCAGCAGCAGCAACAGCAACAUCAUCACCCAGCAGCAGCGGUGGUAGUACCGGGCGUCAUUGAGGAACCAAGCGAGGACGAUAAGAGUACCAUCAUCAUUAAUCAUCAUCAGCAGCAGCAGCAGCAGCAGCAUCAACACCAUCACCACUACCAAUCGCAACACCAUCAUCCGCGCCAGCAGCAGGAGGUGGUGGUAUCGGUGGGCCAGGCCGCGGCAAGCCUGAUUUCACCGAGCGAUCAUCAUAACUAUGCUGCAACCGUCACCGAUACGCGGCUCGUGUCGACUAGCACCAGCGCGACCUACCAUACCUACCAUCACCAGCAGCAUCAACACCAUCACCAGCAGCAGCACCACCAUCAUCACACCUCCGUCGUAACGCUUCAGUCCGGUGGAGUGCAGACUGCGGAGGGUGGUGGCGGUAGUGAUGGUGGCCAGGCCGGCGGACAGGAGCAGCAUCAUCUGCAGGACGCUGCUGCUUCGACGGCUGGCAUUGUAAAGCACGAAAAAUUCUAAGCGGUAAAGUUCGGUAUGCAGUGUGUUUGCAUAUGCGUGUAUAAUAGAUUCACGAUGCGCUGCGUCGUGUUGUUGCUGGACGUCGAAUUUAUAUUCUACUUUUAUUCUACUAUUAUUAUCAUUUGAGCUUUUAUUCGUAGCAAACACAAACAAACAAAAAGAAGAAAAAAAAACACUUUCAAUAUAUAGGUUUGUAACUUUAACAUCCAGUGCUUAGCGGAGCGAAACGGCCACAACACAUACAAACGAACAGGUGUAGCAAAAGAAAACUAGGAUACAAUCUUUCUCCCACUCUUUUAGCCUGGUUUUUCUUUCAAAAACCCAAAUUAUUCUAUUUUUCUUUUCCAUUUUCUUUUCAUUCUUUUUUUUUUACUCCUUUAACUGUUACACCUAACAUUGUGCUUUUCCCACCGGGUGUUUAAGAUAAAGAAACGCAAAAAAAAGUUUUUUUUCUUCCGAAAGGUCAAAGGACAAAAAAACAAACAGGCACCGAACUAACGAAAAGUUGUAAAAAUAGAACUGUGUACAUGGUAUAUAUAUAUAUAUGUAUAUGUUAAAUAAUCCACAUACAUAAACACACACUCACACACAGUGCGUCAUCGCAAUCCUAUGUACUACAAUGUAUAACGAGCAAAACGAGGUAAAAUGUAAUGUUUAGAGUUUUUAUUACACUAAUCUCUGUACAAACAGGGGCGGCCAGGGUUGUCCUCCUGUAAUGCAGGGUUGUUGCUAAUGGUAUUGCUGCUGUGCGCCGCCAUAUAGUAGUAGUAGUAGUCGUAGUAUGGGCCGUUUUGACCCAUGUAUGUAUGUACAGUGAAGAAGUUUUUGGUGUCCUUUAAGAAACAGAGAAAAUUACUGUUUUUUUUUGGGUCGGUAGAUCAGAUAAAAGUUAGGGCUUGUAAUAUAGUGAAAGGAUGAAAGGAGGAUGACAGCAAACGUACGACAGGAAAGCACGCCCGCCGCGCGUGUAUGUACAGUGGAUACAUAUUUUUAAAACGUGCUCGGUAGAAUAAAGCCACGUGCACGCGGAAGUUGAUGUCUAUGAGCAACGGAAAAGGAUAAUUUAGUAAAGCAUUGUACGCGUGUGUGUGUGUGCGUUUUAACAUUUUCUAAAGCAUGCCAUAGCUUUUUAAAUGCAAUUAGGAGCUUGUACAUAGGGCAAAUUGACGUACAACAACUUAAUUACAGCGGGGGGGGGGUUUCAGUUGAUAAUGUAAAAGCAUCGAUGCUGUUUGUAAGCUAAAUGGUAAAGAAAGCUAGUUGGCAUGGGGAAGGAGACUUCAGCUGGUAGGCGAAUCAAGGACCUUUCAUUGUGAAGCUACCAGAUGAUAUUGUAAUUGUAGCAGAUGAUAUUGUACACGGCCUGUCAGCGCUCGGUAAAGUGCGUGACCUACAGGUAUAAGCGCGAGCUUCUAGGCUUUGUACAAUAUCAUCGGCUUCAAUUACGAUAUCAACUGGUUGCUUCACAAUAAAAGGUUAUUGAUUCCCCAGUGAUCUGAAGCUCUUCCCCAAUGUCAUGUAGUUUUAUUUAUCUUUACAUUAUCAACACAAAAACAAACCCCUGUAAUGCCGAAUUACCCAAAAGAAAAACACACACACACGAUAACACCUUCUCCGGAGGGAUUCUCACCCUCCCCUCCGUAUCUUGUAUUAGUUUGUGGCCAUAGCAUGGAAGAGUACACGUAUAUGUAACAAAGAGAAAAAGUUUAUUAGUUAAGUAAAGUAGCUUUGAUUUCGGUUGACGGUUCCCAUUUUCCCGUUAGAAGAAUAUAUACAUAUUUUUUUAAUAUUAAAAAGAAAGGUGAACCAUUAUAGGGAUAGUGAGGCAAAUGUGGAAUCCUAACUUUCUAUUUUCAUUUUUAAUUAUUGGAAGGUGCGUAGUAACUAUUCUACUGUCCAUCUGGUUUGUGGGGGGGGGGGGGGUGAUGAAACCGAUGUCGUCGAACCGUGUAGAUUGAUGCACAACUUAACGUGUGAGCCAUACGUACCUUUCUUUUCAAAGCAUUUGAGUUGAGGAACCGCAAGAAAAAAAACAAACAAACAUAGAUUCAAAUCUAGAUCAAGUGUAACAUGUUGUUUCAUUAGUUUUAAUUAUUUUAGGGUAUUAAGUUCCGUUCUUUAGUCUGCUUAGUAUCAACUCGGUUUCAGACAUUAGUCCAAAAAAA